GAAUAUGACAAAGAAAAAUUUGUCCCACAUUAAAUCUGAAUAAAAAAAAAAUAAUCCAAUAUAAAUAAGUGGAUAUAAGUACCAAACAAGCUUUUGUACAAAUAGAAAACACCCGACCAACCGUCACUUAAACCUACUCUCUUCAGCACGGCUAGCUUGGUUCCGAUAACUUCCGAAAAAAAGCUUGGUUCCGAUAACCUAAAAAUGAUGAACGCCUCACUCGUCCGUCUAGUCCUCCUCCGAUCACCGCCUUUCGCCGCCAUAUGUGGCAGCGGAAGGAACUUCAUUUCAGUCGUACACCAAUGGCAACAUCACUACGCCACCAACGCCGCGGCGACCGACGCCGAAACGGAAGAAAAGAUUGAGAAGAAAAAGGGCGAAUGGUUCACAUUACCUCCUUUCACUUCCACCGUCGAUGGUGCUGCCUUGGGAAAAGAGCUCUUUGGACGGGGUUCGGGAACGAACAGCGCAAUCGCCAACACUAUGCCGGCGCUCAAAUGGGUACUACGAUGCUGCCCGCAAUUACCGAGGUCUCUCGUACAGAAGCUCUUUCGCUUGAGACAGGUUCGAAGACAAUCCUCCGACAUUGUAAGUUCUAAUCUGGGUGUUCAAGAACAAGACUGUCGCCCCAGAAGGGUGUCAGCUAAGGACUUAAUGAACUUUGGAGAUCGAAUAUAUCUUCCUAUAACUGUAAAAGAGUUGCGCUCUCAGAAAGCAGAUUGCCUUUGCACUGAAGAGGAAGUGAAGUUUCUCCACAGUCUUGAGUUGUAUAAGGAUGCAGCCAUUAUCGUGGUCAAUAAACCCUCUGGAAUGCCUGUUCAGGGUGGCAUUGGCAUAAAAAGAAGUUUAGAUGAACUGGCUGCGAAUUUUUUGAGAUACGACUGCUCAGAACCCCCUCGGCUGGUGCACAGGCUUGAUAGAGAUAGUAGCGGCAUCUUGGUGUUGGGGAGGACACAAUUAAGUGCCACCAUUCUGCACUCUAUCUUCCACGAGAAAACUUUUGGGGCAUCGACUAAUGAUCUGGACAAUAAAAAAAGAAUUUUGCAAAGGAGGUAUUGGGCACUUGUCAUCGGAUCUCCCAGACGUCCACAAGGAUUAAUCUCAGUGCCUUUGGGAAAGGUGGUGGUGGACAAUGGAAAAUCUGAGCGAAUAACAGUUAUUGAUAAUGUCCAAACAGUGCCAUCUCAGCAUUCCAUAACAGAGUAUCGAGUAAUUGGAUCAUCUUGCCAUGGUUACACAUGGUUAGAGUUGUCUCCUCUCACAGGUAGAAAGCACCAGCUGCGUGUCCACUGUGCGGAGGUAUUGGGGACGCCAAUUGUUGGGGACUACAAGUACGGAUGGCAAGCUCAUAGAAAAUGGAAGCAUUUCCCUUACUCGAAUCAGAACUUGAAUGAGAAGCUUCCCAAGGGAAACACAUUUCCCUUUGGCCUUGAUUUGGAGAAUGGAAGUAUCUCCGAGAAGCAGCCUCAGCUACAUCUUCAUUGUAAGGAGAUGGAUUUACCUGACGUGUGUCUAGCUCUGCAACAUACCCGAUUAUCUUCAGAGUGUGACCUUAUGGAUCUAGAAAGCCUCAAGUUGGUUGCUCCUCUGCCUUUUCACAUGCAAAAAAGUUGGGACUUGUUGCAUUCAUGAGCUAUAAUUAGGUUUCUCGCAAAUUCUUUUGCAUGAGGUGCUGCUGUCAUAUCUUACUAAGGUGAGACCUUCUGGUUGGGAUAUAGUGGUCAAUUCCAGCUCGUUAUGUUUAAAACAUAUGGUGCUCUUUUGGAAACCGGAAGGAUGGCCUCUCCACAUGUGAUUGGGAAGAGUUGGUUUUUUUUUUUUUUU